AUGCCCUCGCCAAAUGAAAAUACUUUUAAGCACGUUGAACAAGAUUUCUGGCGGAAAUGGAAUACACCAAACUGUAUGGAUAGUAUGGAUGGCAAACAUGUGCUCAUAAAAGAACCAAAAAACAGCAGAUCGUACGUCAAUUACAAAUUCAUUGUUGUAGAUAUGGACUCUAAUGGCAAAGAACGUGACAGCCGUAUUUUUCAAAAAUUCGAGAUGGGGAAAAAGAUUGCCAAGAACAACUUUAAUUUCCCUGUAUCUAAAUGCCUUCCAAACAGUGAUAUUUUUAUGGAGCACUUCAUACCAGGUGAUGAAGCAUUUGCACUGAGUAAUUAA